AUGGAGAGUCAUAUGAAUGACACAGUAGAGGUUGUGGUUGAAGAGAGGGCACCAGACAAAGAUAUAGAAAAGAAUACAAGUGUUGAAGAGGAAAGUUCAAUGAGCAUUGAAGACAAUGAGAGAUCAGACAGAGAAGAUCCAACAUAUAUUGCAAGCGAUUCGUCAAGUGAUCAGGAUGACGAAUAUAGUGAGUGCUUAAUAACAGAUGACAGUUUGGUUGCUACUCAGAAUGAUGCUGUCAUUCAAGAAAAGAAGCGAGUUCGUCGUGUACCAGAGAGUAGUCAAUGCACUGGUCUUGUAUCAAAGCCUCACUGGCAAGAAAAUACAAAUGGCAGACUGCCGGCUGGCAUUAUUGAAAACGUUUUGCAGCCAGCAAGAUGUUCCAGUGGCAAGACCUAG